CAACGUUGAAGAUACAUCGAAUAGCGAGUGAAGUGAACUCUAAUGCAGGGCGGGUCACACACACCACAGACACCCCAAGAUUGUUAGUAGAGUUAGAACCAGAGAGAACUGAAGGUGAACAUGGCGUCCAGACACCAGGAUCAGAGCUGGACUGAGGAGCUAAACUGUCCCGUUUGUCUAAAUCUCUUUACCGAUCCCGUUAUUCUGGAGUGUGGCCAUAACUACUGUCGAUCUUGUAUCAUGCGGAGCUGGGAAACACAGAAGAAGAACUCCUGUCCUGAAUGUCGACAGGUUGUUGGUAAAAGUAAACUGAGGGUUAAUCGGGCCCUGAUGAGUCUGGUGGAGAGAGCUCGAUGUCUUAGCCUGACUCCGACACUGAGACAAAGUGAGCGUCGCUGUGAGGAACAUCAGGAGGAACUGAAGCUGUUUUGUGAAACUGACAAGAAAUUGAUCUGUCUGAUUUGUAGAGAUGCUCAUAGACACAGAAAUCACAACUUCAAGCCAAUACAGGAGGCUGUUCAGAUUUAUAAGGAUAAAAUGAAAGCAUCCUUAGACUCUCUCACACAGAGGAAGGCCGCUGCUCUAGAAGCUGAACUUAAACAGAAACAAAAGGUUUCGCAAGUUAAGAAACAGGCGGACAGUCUACAGAACUACAUGGCACUUGAGUUUGCUAAAAUGCACCAGAGUCUUUUUGACAAAGAGCAGCGUAUGAUGACAGAGCUCAGAAAGCGAGAGGAGGAGGUUUUACACCGAAUGGAGAAUAAUCUGCAAGAGAUUCGAAGAAAUUUAGAUUCUGUCCAAAAAAAUCUCUCAGAGUUACAGAGACAGUUGGAAAAAGACACACUCACCUUUCUGCAGGAGGAAAGCGCUCGGACGAGAAGGAUCAGCGAGGAGGGUUCUGAGCUGUCAGUGUCUGAGGGUGAUCUGCCGGUGGGGAUAUACAAAGGGCCUAUACAGUACGCAGUCUGGAGAGAGAUAAUACACAGCAUCAGCCCCGCUCCGGCCGCUCUGACUCUGGAUCCUGACACAGCCCAUCCCUGGCUCAUCCUGUCUGAGGACCGGACCAGCGUGAGAGACGGAGACAAACAGCAGCCGCUCCCUGACAUCCCGAAGAGGUUUAGUUACUAUCCCAUCGUCCUGGGAUCUGAGGGCUUCACAUCAGGGAGACAUUACUGGGAGGUGCAGGUGGGCAACAAGACUGAGUGGGAUGUCGGGGUGGCCAGAGAGUCCGUCAACAGGAAACAACCAAUCACUUGGUCACCAGAGGGUGGGGUCUGGGGUCUGCGGUUGGGGGGGGGGGACUAUCAUGCUCUGUCCUCCCCUCCCACCCCCCUGCCCCUGACAGUGAGACCCGGGAAGAUCGGGGUGUACCUGGACUAUGAGGGGGGACAGGUGUCAUUUUACAACGCUGACAACAUGUCUCAUCUCCACACUUUCACCCAAACAUUUACUGAGAAACUUUAUCCUCUCUUCAGUCUCGGGUAUAAUAUUUUCGGGAUAAACCCUGAGCCUCUGACAAUCUGCCGGUCAUUGUAUUAACAGUGACGUGGUUUCACCCCAAUUUCCAUGUGAUUCUCUGUCUCUUGUUUAUGGGAAUACAAGGUGGUGGGGGAAGGGAUU